GAAAUAUAAGAAAUUAAGAUAUCUGUCAAAUGGAGCAAAAUGGCGUCACAGCAUCUCUACAUCGCUAAUAGCAACUGCAUUUAAUCGGCAUUAGCGAAAAUGCUCUUACACUGCGUUGAAGACAUCUGAUGCGGUUUUAAUAGUGACUCUUUAACCUAGCAUAGCAAACAAUAAAACUGUGAAUUAAGUUUUAAAAAUGACAACUCUAUACCGAUAUUGACAGUUGUUGAGAUGAGAUUAAAGCAAGAUGAGGCAGAAAAACUGCAAAAGGUGUUCAAAAAUUGUGAUUUUUAUUCUCUUAGUACUCUUUAAAUGUGUUUUCUUGCUAUUAGCGUACAUACAAAUCGCCCAAACAUAUGUUGCCAACAAAAAGCUAUUUAUUACCUUUAUUACCCUCUCAUAACGUGCACAGCAGCCCACCAGUGGUGCUAAUGUGUAUAUUGGAAAUACAAGCAUUCAAAUAUAAAGAAAUGGUGACAAUUUGCUUGUUAGCAUUUUUGGAGUCCUAUAAGAGCACAUUAAAGUAACUGCUAAUUUGAAACAAAAAUAAAAAAAAAGUUGUUAACUUGACAAACUUUGCAAAACAUUCUUUAUAAAAAAUAUUAGAGGUACGCCUGUGAACUGUGAAAGCUCUCUUUAAAUUUUUGAGGUCUGAUAAAUUAUGAAUACGACCAGCAACAUGUAGUUUUUUGCACACUCAGUGACACAUUUCGCCCGUUAAUAAACAUCACAAAUUCACAGCGCGAAUAUAUGCCAAGGGGAACACAAAGGGGGACUGGCAAUUGUGGUCUACAAGUUUACAAAAAUCUCAAAUCUAACCAUGGAAAAAAUACAGAGACCAAGAAAUAUGAAGGACAACAACUUACCUUGCACCAGCAAGAAUUUCAGUUACUACAUUGGGUCCACUGCCAUCGAAAACACGGACAAUAUACAAGCGGUCAAUGACUUCAAUAGUAACUGCAAUUUCACUAACCAUCAUCAGAUUAACAAGAAUAUGAAUUCAUGCAAAAUAGUUUUUGUAACAUGGAAAUAUUUAUUAGCAUUCAUUUUGUUUUCCGCACUAUUGGAAUCGAAUUCAACGAUGGCUAAAUCACAGGAUGCAGCGAAACCUUUAACAGAAACUAAAAUAUCAGUGGUAGAUUCAUUGUCCACAACUGCGAAAACUGCUUUUCCACAAAAUACAACAACAACUCAGUCAAUAUUAACUGCGGCAAUAACUAAAGAUUUAGCAAAAACUGUUUAUGAACUACCAUCUGUAGCCAAGCAAUCAACUCCAAUUUCAUUGCCAUCAACUGUAGCAACAAAACAGCCUUCAUCAGCAUCUGACGUCCUUUUGAAAGGUUUUUCGUUACCUACAUUUAUACCACCACUAUCGCCAUUUGCUAUAGACGAAUUCACAGCGUAUUCAUCGGCAACACCUUCUUUAAAAGCACUAACAUCAAGCAUGACUUCGGAAACCCCAGACGACCAACUUUAUAUCGCCGCCUACCAACAAAACAGACGUCGCCCAAACUUUUCUGUGACAACAAAAAACAUUACCGUUCAAUUGGGAAAUCACGCCUAUUUGCCAUGCAACAUUCCGCGCAUUUUGAAUAAACCAAUUUCAUGGUUACGCCUUCGCGAUGGACAUAUUCUCUCCGUCGACCAAGCAACUUUCAUUUCUGACCAGCGCUUUCAAUCUAUUUUUCAAGGCCAGAGCGAUAGCACUUGGUCGCUGCAAAUCAAAUACGUACAGGAAAGCGAUGAAGGCUGGUAUGAAUGCCAAGUGCCCACCGAACCGAAAAUGAGCGCUAAAAUCUAUUUAGGAGUGGUGGUACCGCACACUGAACUUAUCGGCGAUCGGAAUCGUUUCGUGAAGACGGGCAGCAGAGUGGCAUUGCAUUGCAUUGUUCGUGAUACGCUUGAACCACCAACAUACAUUAUCUGGUUUCGCGGCAAAACACAAAUCACAAAUGACAACGAACAGGGUUGGUACACAGAAAUCGAUCGUACGAUAUUCGGUAAUGCUGACAGCAGUAGUAAUACGAUCGGCUCGUUAAUAAUACCAUGCGUUCGGAAGCAGGAUUCGGACACCUACACUUGUGAGCCAUCGAAUAGUGCUGCCGUAACCGUUGACCUUCACGUGCUUAGUGGAGAGUAUUCUGCAUCGGCAAUAAUGUCAGCGGCAGGCUCCUAUCGGCUUAGUAAAUCCAUUUUCACGUGCCAUUUCUCUUUUCUGCUGCUACUGCAGGCCAUGGGAAAAACGUGACUGCAUUGUAAUUCGCCACACGUUACGAAAGAGCAUUUCCUUACCCAUCGUUUAUUCCCAUUACCAUGUGAAGCUUUAUUUUUUAAAGAAUAAAAUAUGAUAAUUAAGUUAAGUAAAUAAAUGUAUUUACAACAGCAAUCAUUAAUACCUAAGUAUUAUAAACAUUGUUGACAGUAUUAAAGUAAAAUUUCAAUUCGUGAAAAGCAAGACGGGGAAACAAAGUUGUGAAACUUCAAUAAGUAGGUUAUUAGCUCAACUAAUUAAAUUUAAGAUAUUUAAGCACUAAGUAAGCGUUGAAUAACUUGUAGUAUUAUACAUGCAGUCAACAGCUAAAAACUACAUCUACAGUCGAAGUCGAAAACAGAAAUUGAAAUAUAUUAUAAAAAAUUCUGGUUGUAUUAACUGCUAAUAAAAGCCGCAAAUUCGUUGAAAAUUAAAACUAUAAUAACUAUAAUUUAAAAUAUAUUAAAUAAAUUAAAACAUGUACAUUAUUAUAAUUAUAUAAUUAUGUUUUACUCUUUCUUAUUUCUAAUAAUCUAUGCUCAGAUAUUAAACUUUUAUACGAAAUAAUCUAAAAUUUUAACAUACAAAAGCCAUGCCAAAUACUUAAACAGUUAUCAUUUUAUCAUACGUAUCCUGUCAUGCACGUUCGUCACAAGUAAAAGGGAAAAAACAACUUUUAGCAACAAUCGUAGGUCAUCUCCAAGCUAUGUACAGGUUGGUUGAAAACUUUCUGCGCUCGAAAUGAAAACAUACUAUUUUUGGUAAGAAAUAUAUAUCUUUUUCAAUAUAAUCUCCCUUAACUUCAAUACACUUAUUCCAAUGAUCCUCCAAUAAUUUUAUGCAAUCCCUAUACGACCCUAAUAGCUUCUUCAUUCGACGAAAAACGCUUUCCACGAGGAAAUUGCUUCAGGUUUCUGAAGAGGUAGUAAACGCUAGGAGCCAAAUCUGGACAUACGGUGGAUGCUCAAGCAAUUCGUACUUUAAAACGUUAAAUUUUGUCAUUGCUACAACAAUAAAUGGCUGUAAUAAUAUUCAGAGUUGAUUGUUUUACCUUUCUGUAGAUAAUCAAUCAACAAAAUUCUUUUUGCAUCCCAAAAUACUGAUACCAUAGCCUUCUUUGCUGAUCGUUGUGACUUCACCUGCUUUGGAGCUGAACAACCAGCUUCAGUUCACUGUAAACGUUCUUUAUUUCAAUUUAGGGUCAUGGUGGUAGAUCCAAGUCUCAUGCAUAACUAUAAAACGAUGCAAGGAAUCGGUCUUAUUCUGCUUAAAAAGCUCCAAAUGAUGCUGAGAAAGUUGUUUUCAAUUCAGUUUUUGUUAAAUUGUUAACGUAUGCGACACUAACAAACCAAACAGCUUUCUCAUAUGUAAUUCUUCAUGUAAAAUAUGAAGUAUUCGUUCAUCUGAGAUGCCUAUGACAGUAGCAGUUUCACGCUUAGUCAAACUUGGAUCUUCACUAGCACUAUUAUGAACUUACUCAAUCAAGCCUAGUACGACCACGUUUUAAUUCACCAGCUCUAAAUUCAACGGUGCGAUUUGAAGUUGAGGACUUUUUAUAUACUUCUAACAAUUGUUCAAAAAUCUCCUUUGUUUUUAAAUCUUUCAAAACAAAGAGUCUAAUCACUGCGCGAAAUUAAAUUGUUUCCACGUUAAAAAAAUAACCUGACACGUCAACUUCAAAUGUCUUGUAAACAAGGAAUUAUUUGACAGAAUGACUAGUAACUUUGCAUGUGUUCUUUUCAACCGACCUGUAUAAUACGGAUGAUAUCAGCCUCCAUACGAGUGUCUUUCAAUUAAGGGUGAAAUAAUCGAUAGUAAGUAAAAUAUU